UCCUGAUACCCCUUUCCAACUCCCGCGAGGAAUCCAAUGGACGCCACCCCGGAGCAGCUCAUCCUCCUCCACGGCGACCUGGACCUCCACAUCCACGAGGCCCGCGACCUCCCCAACAUGGACAUGUUCACCGAGCGCCUCCGCCGCUGCCUCGGCGCCUGCGGCCUCUCCCUCCCCACCCCCCGCCGCAUGGAUCGCGAAGAAGAGUUCAAGAGGAGAAAGAGGAUGACUUCCCCUCUUCCCCUCCAACCCAAAACAAAGGUCAUCACCAGCGACCCCUACGUCAAAGUCCUACUCGCCGGCGACACCCUCGCCCGCACACGCGUCAUCCCCAACUCCCAGGAACCCCACUGGGAGGAGCACUUCAAGCUCUUCCUCGCCCACCGCGCCGCCCGCAUUGAGUUCGAGGUCAAGGACAACGACGUUUUCGGCGCCCAGCUCAUCGGCACCGCCAGUAUCUCCGCCGCCAGCAUCGCCUCCGGCGGCGAGAUCGCCGAUUGGUUCCCGGUGAUCGGCCCCGCGGGGCGGCCGCCGAAGCCGCAUUCGGCACUCCGCAUCUCGAUGAGGUUCACGCCCGUGGAGGACAAUCCGGCCUACCGGAACGGCAUUCCGGGGGAUCCCGAGCAGAAAGGGGUCCCGGACACGUACUUCCCCUUGAGGAAGGGAGGCAUGCUGACGCUUUACCAGGAUGCCCAUAUCAGGGAAGGGGAACUCCCGGACGACAUCGAAUUGGAGGGCCGGCACGUGUUUCGGCAUCACAAGUGCUGGGAGGAUAUAUGCGAAGCGAUACUGGGGGCGCACCAUUUGAUUUAUAUAGCGGGGUGGUCCAUCUACCACGAAGUGAGGCUGGUGAGGGAACGGCCAUUGAGGAUCCCGGCCGAGGGGUACACAUUGGGGGAUCUGCUUAAGUACAAGUCGGAGGAGGGGGUUCGGGUGUGCUUGUUGGUGUGGGAUGAUAAGACUUCCCACGAUAAACUCUUCUUCAAGACGGGAGGAGUUAUGCAAACUCAUGAUGAAGAAACCCGAAAGUUUUUCAAGCAUUCGUCUGUCAUUUGUGUCUUGUCACCUCGCUAUGCUAGCCAUAAGCUUAGCAUGGUUAAGCAACAGAUUGUGGGAACCCUCUUUACACACCAUCAGAAAUGUUUACUAGUCGAUACCGAGGCACCUCGAAAUACAAGAAAAAUUACUGCAUUCAUUGGAGGUCUUGAUCUUUGUGAUGGUCGCUAUGAUACACCAGAGCAUAGACUUUUUCGUGAUCUUGACGAUGUAUUUCUUAAUGAUUUUCAUAAUCCCACGUUUCCUGGACAAACUAAAGGUCCAAGACAACCAUGGCAUGAUUUACACUGCAAAAUUGACGGCCCUGCUGCCUAUGAUGUCCUUAAGAAUUUUGAGCAGCGCUGGAAGAAAGCAUCAAGAUUUUGGGUACUUGGACAGAAAUUUAAACCAGUGACUCACUGGAAAGAUGACGCCCUAAUAAAGAUAGAUCGUAUCUCAUGGAUAGUCAGUCCAUCUAGCAAUCCAUAUGGUGAUUCCAAUUUAUGGGUUUCUGAGGAAAAAAGUUCUGAGAACUGGCACAUUCAGAUUUUCCGAUCUAUUGACUCCGGAUCGGUGAAAGGGUUCCCCAAAUCUGUGUCUGAUGCUGAGGCUGAGAAUCUUGUUUGUGGAAAGAAUCUGGUAAUUGACAAGAGCAUCCACACAGCGUAUGUAAAGGCCAUCAGAUCUGCGCAACACUUCAUAUAUAUUGAGAAUCAGUACUUUAUAGGUUCUUCUUAUGGUUGGCCGUCUUAUGAAAAUGCAGAGGCUGAUAAUCUGAUUCCGAUGGAGUUGGCACUGAAAGUUGCUAAAAAAAUUAGAGCUGGAGAGCGGUUUGCUGUGUACAUAGUCAUCCCAAUGUGGCCUGAAGGAGACCCAAAAUCUCCAGCUGUGCAAGAGAUUCUCUUUUGGCAGGACCAGACAAUGAAAAUGAUGUAUGAAAUUAUUGGAGGAGAGCUCAAAUCCAUGGGCAUUCAGAAUGUACAUCCACAAGAUUACCUAAAUUUCUACUGUCUUGGUAAUCGAGAACUAUUGCCAAAGGAUACUGUUCAAUCAACAAAUCAACCUUUGGAAAAAACUGCAGUGGCCUUGUCCCAAAAGUACCAGAGAUUUAUGAUAUAUGUUCAUGCAAAAGGGAUGAUAGUAGAUGAUGAGUAUGUUAUUUUGGGGUCAGCUAAUAUUAAUCAAAGAUCUCUUGAUGGUUCAAGAGACACUGAGAUAGCAAUGGGUGCAUACCAACCCCAUUAUACAUGGUCUAAGAGAAAAGGUUAUCCACGUGGCCAGGUAUAUGGAUACAGGAUGUCACUGUGGGCAGAGCAUCUUAGUAAGUUGGAUCCAUGCUUUAUGUUUCCCAGUGGUUUGGAUUGUGUAAGAUGUGUGAAUAAAAUAGCUGACGAGAACUGGACAAAAUACACAGCGGAGGAGGUAAUUCCACUGCAAGGACACUUAAUCAGGUACCCAAUUAAGGUUGAUGCUGAUGGUAAGGUCACACCGCUUUCGGGCAAAGAAACCUUUCCUGAUGUCGGUGGUAAGAUUUUAGGCGAGCCUACUACGCUUCCUGACCAGUUAACCAUGUAAUAUCUCUAAUUCCAUUUAUUUGUUUUAGGCAGGCAUAAUUAGCUGUUUGCACAAGUGGAAGUUUGGAACUAAUUGUCAUUGUAUAUUUCCAGUUAUAUAUGUGUCUGUAUCUUAAGCGUUUUCUCUUUGUACAGUAUGUAAAUUAGAGAUGAAAUCAGUUAGUGGGAGUGGUAAAAUGGACUGCAAGUUGACACCCAUGGCAAACUUGCAUUUCAACCCUAUUUAUAUAUUUCAUCAAGAAACCGCAGCAUUAAGAUUGAUUUCAGAUGAUGAUAUUACUUUUCAGGUUGUAUAACUAAUGAUUCUUCUAAAUAUUGUGCUGCUCUAUGCUGUUUGCUAGGACAUUUAGACCAGUAAAAACUGCCAUGGAAGGCAAUAUGCUGUUGCUAGCAGUAUUUC